GACAACCACAACCGGAAGUUUUCUUGCAAUAAUCGUCUUGAUGAAAUGGUCAAAAAGACCACUUUCUGACAACAUUUUUAACAAUUCGAUGACUGGUGAUAGCUGAAGUGUUGCAAAGCCAGUGCAUUAUCCAUGAUGGAGGUCACCAUUUGCUCUGUUACUACUAGUGUUUGUGCAUAGGACAAACACCAAAUAUCUGGCAGUUUCUUCCCGUUGAUUUUUUGAACCAAAGUCAACAUAAUGGACAACAGACAAUGGCAGAUGGGCCAAGGCAGUCAGCCCAACUAUGUACAGAACCUACAACUCGGACAAUUACAAAGAAGGAGCAAUGAUGGGAAUCCAUCAUGGCCAACAAACCAGCAGGUUCAAUGGCCUGAGGGAGCCCAGGCCGUACAGAAUGUUAAUCAACAGUUUCCCCAGGCGAACCUGGCAAACACCAACUCCCAAAUACGAUGGCAGCUCCGGCAGCGAUAUUUGAAUAGACAUUCUGUGGCCAGCCGAAACCAGUCAGGACAGGUAACCAGUGGUGAACAAAUGCACAAUCAGAACUGGCGGAGAGAGUCGCCGUUACAAUUGAACUCUGGUAGUGUCAUUAACCAGGUGAAUUAUGGACAGGGCAUGCACCAAGUCUGUACAACUACGAAUUACAGUCGAGCAUCAAACCAACAAUUUCAUCAGGCAUCUGUUUCUCUGCCAGAAUGGCAGGGUUAUUUGUCUUCACAAAGGAAUGAGAGGAGCUGUCUACCACCAGCAGAUCAUCUGAGGAACGCAGUUAAUAUAAAUCAAGCACAAUUUUUGAGACAGUUAGGUAAUAAACCUAGCACAUCUGGUGUAACAGUAAACUGUUCAGCGAGUUCGCAUUUGGUCACUUCACAAUUGAAUAUAUUGCAUCAUGAGAAUCGUCCAGUCGGAAACGAAACAGAACAAUUGAACACACGUCGUUUAUCAGAUGGGUAUCAGCUUCCGAAUCCUACCACUGGAGAACUUGCCCAGCUUUCAAGUGACUCAAAUAUCUUGUCGCACUUACACCGCCGAUAUGAACAUGAAUUGCUGCAACGGGUAAAUGAUCCAGUUCUUGCGAGUGUUCUUUCUGAUCAGACUCAAAUAGGCCUUCACCGGGCUAUGCCUAGUCCUGGUAUUGCACCAGUGCUCAGUCCUGGUAGUGCACCUAUGCUCAGUCCUGGUAGUGCACCUAUGCUCGGCCAAGGUACUGGAUCAGUACCAUAUACUAGUGCAGCACCUAUGCCAAGACCACCAAGUGCAUCAUCAAGUUAUCAUUCACAUUCUGGUACAGCACCAAUGCAAAGACCUCCAAGCACUGCGUCGAGUUAUCAUUCACAAAACCAAGGCCAAGAUGUAGGUUUAUGUUUGAGAUUAAGUCAAGCUAGUAGUCAUGGUCGGCAACAUUGUUCACAGCGGCAGCCAUCUGAAGUUCGUAAGGGUCAGUCGGCGGUUAGUAACGGCUCACGGUCAAGCACACCACAUGCAGCCUGCGAUUCUCUUACAGACAAUCAAGCUUGUGAGCAGCAGUCUUCAAUAUUUACAAGCUUCCUCUCGGGAAUUAGAGAGGAUAUACAAAAUCUGAAGGGCCUGACUCUUGAAACGCUAAAGAAUUCCAAACAAAUUUUGAAGGAUAAAAUGCACAGUUUGCAUAUUCAUCUCCAGGAUGAACAGGAGGGCUCCGGGAUAAUUUCGCACAAUAAAAUAACUCUUUAUAACAGUGCUGUUCAGGAAAUGGAAGCGCUUAUGUUGACUUUGCAAAAUGAGAUUGCGGAACGGCAGGAUGAGGAGGCAAUGAAGAUGCUUGAAAUGAUUUUAGCAGGUGACAACCAUACAGAAAGUACGUCUGCUCAGAAUGGCAUGGAAACAAAUCAAAUGGUUGAAACACUAACGAGAAGAAAAAGCCAAGACCAUGCAGCUUCAAUUCGUUCUUCUUCGUCACAACACGUCGUGCGGCCGCCAUCUCCAGAACUUUUGCAACCUGCUGUUCAGGAUGUUCAAACUGAGUGUGUUCAGAGGUCUGAGAGAAGCAUGAGUGACCAAAGGGUAAGCAGUAGGGUCGUUGGUAGGAGGUCAAGUGGUGAAAGUAGGCCCGCUGAUGCGAGACCAAUGCGACCAGAGUCGCGAGAAUCUGGUAACAGUGAUGGAAGACGAGAAGUUCGGCCCCAGUCACGUCAGUCUGGUUAUAUUAGUGUAUCUAGUUACAUUAGUUCGGAUGUUCAGGUCAUUUCUGUUCCAUCUUUGCCCAGGCGUCGAGGACAGGAUUCUGAUUAUGAUCCUGUAUAUGAGAGGGAACUGAUCCAAGAAGCUGUUGAGUAUUAUACUUUGUCACCUCUUGAAGAGAUUUCUUCCUCUAGUGAGACUGAAGAUGAUACAGAUAAUCCUCCUGAAUACGUUGUCAUGGAUGAGGAUGAUAUCAGGAAUUGGUAUGAAUUUGCAAUGAGACCCACGAGUCCUGACAUCAUGGAAGAACAACAACCUCAUCUUGUCAUAUCAAAUGUUCAGUCGCUGAGUCAUUGGGUUGAGGGCGACACUAACAGCGCAGGUGUUGAGCAACACAGGUUUUCUGACAAUGCAGCGCGUAUGGAAGCAAUGCUAUCUCGCAUAAAUCACGUCCAGGAUUAUUUAGCAAAUGUGGUUGAUAUAACACCACCAUCUACUCCAGAUGAAUCAACGUUACGUUCUGAGUCACAUACACAAAAAUCUCCCAAUGUAGAUGUGAGUGGUGGGGUUUUGCCUGGGCAGGAAGGGAUAAGUUUAAGAAGACUGUUCAGUCUAGUAGUUGAUCAUGACUACUCUGAUGACUCUGGUACUGACACUCUGCAACAUGACAUUACAAUUCGAAAGGAGAUAUCAGACAAUGCUGGUAGCGUGAUGAACAAAUCAGCACUUCUAAAAAGUGUUGGUAAGCAUGAUCUGCGGGAAGAAACAGUUCAAGCAAUGACCAUGUCUGUUUCAAAGGAAGACCAGAACAAGGUUGCCUCUACUACUAGUUCAGGGCAGGAAUCUGAUAGUGUUCAAACCACCGUAGAAGCCAGUAGGUUGCCCGAGUAUGGGAAAAUGUUUGAGGCAAUUGAAAGCGACUCUGAGGAUGAGGACAGUGAGUCUGCUGACUGUAAGGACAUCCCGGAGUAUGAUGAGUCUAGCGAGGAAUCACUGCCAGAGAUUACCCACCAGCCAUGGAGGAAACACAAGGUAGUGAGACGGAGAUGCAGGUUAGGAAGCUCACCUUCUGUGUUGUCAACCAGAGUGACCAUGUCAGAUGAAGAUCGAAAAAUGAUCACUUCAGUCUGGAAUAAUGAUCGAACUGACUCGCAGAGAAAAAAAACACUGACAACAGAUUUCAUGGCAAGUAGGACUGCUGAUAAAAGUGAUAUUGAUGGGAAGUCUCAAAUGGCCCAAGACUCUGUCCUUGAUGCCACUGUUACUGAGAAGGACAAUACUCAAUAUGACAAAACCAGUUCUAAGGCAGCAAAUGAGACAUUUCCAGCAGAACAGCCACAAACAAGUGGCAGCGAAGACAAUGUAAUAUCAGAUUUAGAAUUAGCAGAGGUGACAGGGUUGAAUUCAACUUCUGAUCGAGAAGCAUAUGAAAUUGAGUUACCUGGUUUGAAUGAGAAACCUGAGUCAAGUGAAGUGAGAGCCCGGACUGUUUCCGAUGGAUGUGCCCCGCAAUCCGUUGUAGAUAGUGAUGUAAAGCUACAAGAAAAUCAAGGGGAAAAUGUUGCUUGUGUUUUAACUGAACGUGGGAUAGAAAUGCAAGAGACUUACCCACUUGUGAGUGAUGAAAGUUCUAAAGCUAUUAUAAAUAAGAGUGAUUCUACACAUGAUAUAAAGUCAGCUGAACAUUGUACAAAUCCACUGAUGACUGAUACAGACCUUGUAAUUGCAUCUAUGUGUGAAGAAAGUGUUGAACCUGUGUUGGAAACUGAUGCAUGUGUGCUUUGUGGUGAAAAUGAUGUGGAUACCUUGGGCAUGGUAGGUAAAUCAGUCAGCAAUGAUAGCUUGCCAUCUACCGACAGUCUUGCCUCUACUGAAAAGGCAUCUCAGCUUGAUACUUCAGGUGAAAUGAACAGUACAGUCGAAGAAAUUAGUACACCCAACAAUGUACAGUUAGACAUUGGAAACAGUGUGAGUUCUACUCUACGACAAGGUCAAAGUGAUGUUGACAAGGACAUUAUUAGCAAAGGACAUGAACAUGAGAACGAGCCUAAUGAUGAGUGUGAGAGUUCAGCUAGUGAAUCAAGACAAGAAGUUUUACCGGUAUCGAGUACAUCACAAAAUACCUCUUCAGAGACUAGUAAUAAGGUUAUCUUAGAUAGAGCAUGUUCAUUGCCUGAACCAAAGAUUGAAUCGGACCCUUGUACUGCUGGUCCUGAAGAUGACUUCGAUCAAAGUGAACCUAGGAAUAAGUCUGAUAAGGGCAUACAGGAUCAAGGAACUGCUGCCCAGUCUGCCUCUGGCACAGGACUCUCUCACAUAGAUGUUAACCCUUGUACUGCUGGUCCUGAAGAUGACUUCGAUCAAAGUGAACCUAGGAAUAAGUCUGAUGAGGGCAUACAGGAUCAAGGAACUGCUGCCCAGUCUGCCUCUGGCACAGGACUCUCUCACAUAGAUGUUAACCGUGAUGAUGCUCAACCAGGUGAACCUCAAAUGUUUGAACCAGAGCCAAGUAUCUCCGAACAAACAAGUGAAAUGAGACUUACCGGUAUAGAUUCGAGUAUGAAAACUGAAAUUGUGGCAGCAAAUAGUACUCAACCAGAAAGUGAACAUGAAAAGCUUCCUGACAUUGUACCAUCUAGGGAGGGGACGGAUGGUGAGACUGAUAAUGUGUCGCCACUUGGAGGGCCUGAGCAGGUGGAUGAAAUGAGUGAUGAAAACAAGACACUUGGAAUAUUAUCUAAUGUGGUAGAGCCACAAACUGUUGGUGAGACCGUUGCUGAUAAACUGCUGACACAAAUAGUCAAGGGUGAUAAUGAUUCACUGUUUCUUGAUUUUGAACCCAAGGAUGAAACUAAGGAAACUUCACAUGCUCAACCUGAGUAUGAAGAAAGAUUGGUCGGUUCUGAAAGUAGCAUUGGAGGGCAAGGCGAUGGGGCACAUGAGGCAGUGAAGCGGAAUGUCAGUGAGUCUGAUGGAGAAAAAACGCCCCCAAGAUCAUUUGAAGAUAAUGAUGAUUCAGCAUCUGUUGGUGGGUUUGCAGUUCCGAGUGAACAAGAAUGUGUUCUCUCAGAUGAGGCAUCGAGUAGUGACUAUAAUGAAUCUGAUGGAGAAUGUGACAGUGAGUUGGUGUUUGCCAUUGCUGAGUAUUUCAAGAACAGCAGCUAUGAUGAGAGUAGUAAUAGUAGUAAUACCAGUAUCGAAACCAAGUCGGAAGGUAUUGAACUAGGCGAGGAAGAGGAAUUGAUGGGAGAUUUGGGUCCUGAGGAGGAAUUUUGCUUCACACGAGAAAUAUCUAGGGUGUCCACUGAUAGUCAUCUGAGUGGGGAUUGGGGCCCUGAGGAGCUCUGUAGCCGCAGAUUAUCUGUGGUUUCAACUGAUGAUAGUAAACCUGCUAACACCACUUCUUCAGAGAGAGAGUCCUCAGAUCACGUCAACGAGGAGAGUUCUGAAAAGGGGAAAAGAUCCCCUCGUGAAGAUGUUACUGCAGAGAACGGUGCUAGAUCUGAUGCUGGAACCGCUGUAUCCACUCAUGUAUCGCAUGAUUCGUCUGCUCAGGUGUCGGAGGAUAAGAGUAGUUGUUCCAAGGAAAACGUACUGAGUGAAAAAUCUGGUCUUGGUGAUAAGUCUGCAAAGAUUCAGGCUGAUGCUGAGCCAAAAAGUCUUGUAAAAGAGAAGGUUUCACAGUCAAGUUCUAUACAUGAGGAUACAGAAUCUGCAACUCUAAAAGAAAAAGCUUCUCCGCAGUCAAAACUUAUUGGAAAAACAAAACUGGCCGGUACUGAACCAGAAAGUCUGGUGAAAGGAAAUAUUUCUUCACAGCCAAAAGCUAAAUCAAAGCAGGCAGAUGCUAGGUCAGAUGAACUAGUGGAGGAAAAUACUUUUUUACAGUCAAUAUCUGAAACACACCAGACGGAUACAAAGGCAGAAAGGGAUGUGAAGGAAAAGGAUUCUUCACAGUCAAAACCGAAGACCUCUGACAAGGUGGAAAAGGAUUCUGGUUCACAAUCUCAAAAGCCGCCAAGAGAAAAUGCAAUGAGUUGUUUAGAAGAAAUCAUAUGGAAAACAGAGACUGAUGCCACGUGGGAUGGUACUGGUCAUAAAACUCAAGAGAGUGGCUCUGAUAUGGAUAUUGAUGGAGAGAGCAAUGGUGAUUUUCAUUUUGAAGUUAAAACUCUUGAUGAGCUUCAAGUGGAGGAACCAGUAUAUGCACGGUCACUGUUUGGAUCGCCCAGGAUAUCACGGAGAGGAAGGGGGUCAGAUCUGCCAUGGCGAGGAAGGGGCAAUCCUCGGGGCAGACAUAGGCGCAACAGAUCAAGAUCGCCACCUUCUGGCUAUUUCAAUGAUGAUAUGGAUAUCGGCCAAAAUGUAUCCGAACAAAGAGAAGACAGUGAUCUCUGUAGGGAAUCUUAUCGUAGAAGCGAACAGGAGUUCCGUGGUGACAACUGUCGAGGAUCACGGCGCUGGCAUAUGGAUGAUCAACACCAUGAGUACCGAAGAUCUCAUCGUGAUGCUGAUGACUGUCGUGAUGUCGGAGAUGUUCCUCAUCUCUCCCCCGGGCGCUUAGGAAAUGCGUUACGCUUGGUCACUGCCCUGAGUCAUGAUCGACCACCCCUUCUUCCUACACCAGAUGGAUACAGGAAUCAGCAUCGGUCCAGAGAGGAACGUUUGAACAGAUUUCAUCCGAGAGGUCAACCUGAAGGAAUGAGAUUGCCACCACCCAGUGACCAGAGUUGGUUACCUGAAGGUAGAUUUGAUCGCAGGUUACCCGGUUUUUUGCAUGAGGACCAAAGGAAGCAACCUCUUUUGACUCAUGAACGUCUGCCUUGGGGUCAGUACCAUUCUCAGGAUGAUAGACUGUACCACCCUCGAGAGCUUAUAGCAAGGAAUCCUUUUGAACACAUUGAUAGGUCCCGACAACGUCUGUCGUUUAGGGAUCCCUCUGACCGUAAGGAGAUACCUCGGAAACACCCCAGAAAUGAGGACUAUCAUGGACCAGUCUUGGAUACCCCUAGUCACCUUGAUUGUGAGGACCAAAGACCAGGACCAAACCAAGGUCUGCCAUACAGUGAGAGUUCUCAAGAAAGACCACCAAGACUUGAUCUACCUUUUGUUGAGAAACCGCAACCACUGCCAUUAGAUGAAGAGAGACCUCAACCACUUGUGGAUCUCCCAUUUUAUAGCGCGCAUAAAAGAUCACCUAGAGGGCGUGUUAGUAUGUGGAACAACUUGCAUCCUCAGCCAGAGGGAAGACUCAGAAAUGAAAGCAUGGCAAAAUCACCAACAAAAGGGAACGUUGGCUGGGAGAGGAAUUUUCCAACUGGCUCUGUUACUUCAAUGGUAGAUCGAGAGCAGAAAGAAAAUAUUCAGUCAAAUGAAAAGGAGGACAAUAGACAGAUCGUUUCCAAUCCCUCAAGACUUGAACCUUGGCACAGAACUCUAAGCAAGCAGACAUCACUUGAUCUUAGUCAAAACAAAUUGCCUGAUAUAGCAAUUCAUGAGCCUGUAAGUAAACAACCUGGUUCAGCCAGUCCAGGACAAUGGGACAACAAGAAACAACAUCCCAAAGUUACAGACAGUGCUACAAUUAACGAAGCUGAUUCAGUGAUUCAGGUGCAUGUUGCAAGUAGGUCUGAUGAUGCAAAGCCUCAACAAUUUGUUGAAAGCAAAAAGCCACAUUCAGAUACACAAAAGUUGUUUGAAAACAGACUAAGUGGUUCAGCAACUCAACAGUUUGUAGAAAGUGAAUUGCCUGAUUCAGCGACAACAACUUCUGAGAAAAGAGAACAUUCUUCAGUGACCCUAAAACCUGAUCAAAACAAAAAGCUUGAUUCAGUGACUCAAGUUCAUAUUGAAAGUGGACAGGAUAGAGAAGUGCCUCAAGAACAAGUUGAUAGGCGUGAUACAUUGCCUGGCAAACAACCAAAUACAGUGACUGGAAAGGACCAUGAUAGUGAAAACAAGGACUCGAGAAAGUUUAAUCAAGUUCCGCAUGGUAGUACGAAUGCCACCUGUCUUGGUGGUGAGGUACCUGGCUCUAUCAAUGAACCUUCUGUGCAAACUACUUCGGAGAAGCCGCAUGGUGUGGCGCAUAAGACAUUGCCAGUUAAGACUAGGAGCCAACCUUUAUUGAGCUCUCGAGAAGAAAUGCAGAACUGGCUCAAUAUGGGGUUGAAAGAUGAACAUCCAAGGAAGAAGUCAACUUCAAGGAGUCUUAGUCAAUCAAGCAAGGUGGAAAAAACUGUGAAGGAAGGUCAGCAGAUUUCUACAAGUAAAGUUGUGGCUAAAUCACCUGAGGGUCAGUCAAAACCUGUUGCAGAGCCUGAGAGGUGCAAGGGUAAAGGUGACUUCGAAUCUGUUGCUAAAAAGUUACUGGCGACAAAACCAAUUGGUACUUUCUGCGGUGUAACUGAGAAGGAUCUGGUAAAAGGUGUUGUUACUCCUCCUAAAAGCGGUAUGACUCAGGGUGAUGGUGUGCAAAUCACGGAGGCCUAUCUCUCGGAUUAUAUGAAAAACUUAGGCAAAUCUAAACCAAAAGCAAGCACUUCUUUACAAGGACAGAGCUUUCGUAAGAAACCUUCUGAAAAGAGUGGGCCAAAAAGUUCUGAUGUUCAGGAGAAGCUGAGUAGCGAGAAAAAAGGAGUAAAACAUAGGCACGAGCACCGCCAUGGCACUGAUGUGAAAGACAUGGAAAAGAAAUCUGGAGACGGGGGAACAAUUGGAAUAAAAGGAAAGGUGUUGGAAGGGGAUGAAGAUAGGAAGCAGGAGACUAGGGCAAAAGGGAUGAGGAAGGAGUCGAGUGUUGGUGAAGUUAAGGCCAGAAAAGGCGAAGAGCCGGAUGCAUCAAAAGGGCAGAACGAACAAUGUUCAAGCGCAGAAACAGAUCAGAGUCCACGUCAUACAAGUGAAGCACGUGGAAAGAAAAACAUCAAGAAAAUCUCUUUAGACUGGUAUAAAAAGAAAAAGACACUGGAGGCAGGAGCUUUAUCAGACUUCGAAGAAAGUCAAGGUAAAUUACAGCAAAAGACUUUGGAUGCGAGAGCUUUUUCGCUCGAGAAUGACGCUCAGUUACGGGAGAAAAUAGCUGCAUCUGAGGCUAGGAUAAAUGCAUUGGUCAACAGAAGGAGACGGGUUGAAAUUAUCCCUCACGUAUCUCUUGGGAGAAGGAUUGAGGAAGCCAGGAGAGAUUCCACUGCAGUUGGGGAUUCUGAUGUAGUUCAACAAAAGACAUUAAAAGAUGAAAAAGUAUCCCAUUUUGCAGAGCUGUCAGUCUGUAACAGAGGUGAUAACAAUCCAAAGUCUGUUGUGACAAAGAUGGGUAGUGGCCAGAAAAAUUUAACCUCUGCAUCUGAAGUCAAGGGCUUAUCUUCCAAGAAUAGCGUAGUGACUAGUCCUGACCCUGAGAGUGAAUUGAAGCAAAAGGUUGACCAGAAAGAAAAGAAGCCUGGGUCGUCUGAUGCAGACGAUUGUUGCCAAAUGCAGGAGCCAAAGGUAGUCAAGAAAGGGAGAAUCUCUACGUUGUCCAGUGCUGACAAAUCAGUGACGAGCAGUUCUAGUCUAAAUCAGGAAUCUGAUGUGGCCCAGAAAGAACUGGCUUCUGUUGUGGGUAUGAUUGACUUGACUGGUUCCGAUUCUGAAUCAGUCAAGGAGACCAAGCAAGGGUCAGAUAAAGUUUGCUUGGAAGGUUCAGCAUUGAGAUCCAACACCGGCCAGGCAUCAAGGCAAACCAAAGAAGGAGAUACCUCGGAGUCAUUUAGGACUGAAAAAUGGGAAUUGGUUAGGCCUCAUCCAGUUCAGGAGUCAAAACGAGGGAUUAAUUCUAAGUCAUCGAGUGCAGAUAAAGAAGUGACAUGUUCUAGCCCGAGCCAGGAACUUGACAAAGUCAAUAAAGGAAAGUCUUCUAGGUCAUCAAGUGUAGCUAGAAGUGAUUUUAACAGUUCUGGUCCGAAUCAGGAAUCCAAGAAGGCAAAGAAGGGAAACACUUCUAGUUUAUCUAGCGUUGUUGGGGUUGAUUUGACCAGUUCUAUUCUAGUUCGGGUAACCACAAAGGCAAAGAAAGGAAAGCGUUCAAGGUCAUCGAGUGCAGAUAAAAAAGACAUGAGAGGCUCCAAAUCCAAAUCCAAGAAGCACAAGAAAGAAAAGUCUAAAAGGUUACCAGAGGCGUAUAAAAGAAAGAAAAGAAGAAAGAAGUCCCUUUCAUAUCUGUCCUCAUGUUCUGAUAUUAGUUCAGCCAGCUUGGAAAAAAGCCCUUCACUUUCAAGAUCACGAUCAAGAUCAAGAGAGCGAAGAUCAAGGAACCGAUACAGAAGUUCUUUUUCUCCAGGGAGGUUUGUGAAGAGAAGAUGGUCGCCUAAUAGAAGAAGCAGAAGUCCAAGUCAUGGGAGGCAUCCUCAUGGGCGGACAAGAUCAAGAUCAAGAUCACCAUCUUUACGAAGACGAACAACUCGAGGCAGAAGAUCUCUGACUCCACUACGCCAAAUACAUCGCAGUCGAUCGCCUCCUUCGAGGAGAUUGUCUCCCUUUAGAAGGUCACCAUUAUCACCUCAUCGCCGGUCUCCAUCACCGCAGAGACUUCCAUAUCGCCAUCCUGUGGACCGCUCGACAAUUAACUCUCAUGACUGGUUAUUUGGUCGACGUUCACCAUCACCGAGACAAAGAAAAGUGCAUAGUAGGUCACCAUCCCCCUAUCGUAGGAAGAGGAGGAGAUCAUUUUCACCACAUAGGAGGCCACGAUCCAGAGAUCGAAGUUCAAGAAGGCCUCGUAGUAGGGAACGCUCAACGAGCCCAACGUCCUGGUCCCGGGAACGAUCAGACACACCAACCACAAUCGGAAGCAAAUCUCCACAAUCUGAUGGUGACGGUUCACCAAUUCAUAUUGACUUGACAUCAUACAGGAGGGCAGAAAUGGCUUUGUGCCCUGACAAACCUUGGCGACCCCCGGGGACACACCCAAGGGACCGGCAUCCUGACAAUGUUGAUCCAGCUCCACCCCAAAGAUAUGUCUCUCCUGGAUACCAACAUGGAGAACCUCUGCAUCAGCAAUGGUGUACGCCACCGCCUGGAUACGGCCCAAAGGUACCACUGCCUUUUCAUCCUGCUGCACCGACCUACUAUGUCCCCGGCGCUGGGUUCCAGCAUCCGUAUAGCAGACUACCAAUUGUUUCAAUGCCAAGUCAUUCUGGGUCACCUAUGGAUCCAAUGCAGCCCCCUUCUCAUUAUCAGAGGAAUGAAAUUGACAUGCAGCCUGGGCCAGAUCAAGAUGUUGCUCAUUUCAAUCAGCAGCCAGGUACCCCUCUCUAUAAUGAGGGACCUCAUUCACAUCAACAGCUGGACUUUAGUAUCCCUCCUUCAGAGUCUCAAGUGGUGCAUCCAGGACCAGAAGAUGUCAAAGGAAAACCUGAACUUAUAUCGCAACUUGAGAAGAAACCUAGAAUCAGAAAGAAUUGUGAUCCUAGACUCUGCGAUGAUCUUCAAAAAGUGACCAUGGUUGAAACUGCUGCUGAAUAUGUUCAAAAACAAUUCGAGGAACGCAUUAGCAAUGACAAUGUGGUUAAAGAAAACCUGAACCAACCAGUGACUUUGAAAAAACCUAACAUACCAGGGACUUCAAAAGAGUCCAACAAACCAGAGAUUUUAGACAAGCCAGGACCUUUAGAAAAGUCUAACAAAUCAGGAACUUCAGAAAAGUUGAUUGUAAGAGGGACACCAGAAAAGAAGAAUUCGCCAGUGAAAGCUAAAUCUGAUCAAAUUCCUGGUAUCAUGAGUCCAAAUGAUAACAAUCUAGAAAUCAAUCCAAGGCUGAGUUUCAUGGAAGGUGGUGCUAGCCAGGAAUCUGUUGAUAGUGUCUCCAUUAGCAUUGAUGAUGCAAGUUCCAGCUGGGAUAAGCUUCCACUACAUGACUGUAUAGAUGAGGAAGGCAGACUGACAGAAACUUACGGUUACUCGGAUGAGAAGUAUAGGAACGCCUUCCAUGAGAUAGAGUUUGGGUGGCCAAUCCAAAGCACACUUCGUUGGAAAUAUCUUGCCAAGCAUAUCUGGGAUAAUCCUAAUGCCUACAAGGAUAAUCAAGAAUCAGAUGUGCCGUCUGAGGAAACUAAACCUGGGAAAAGGCAAAAGAAGACUGCUCGUAAAAGUUUCAUGACUGCUAGCUUAGGGCAUUCACAGGUAGACCCUAAGAAUGAGAUUUUCCAGGAGGCCAGAAAUGAGGAGUUAGCGAAGUUAAAGACUGUGAGAAGUGAAGUCUUAGGAUCUUUGUUGCAUGAAAAAAAUAUGGAAGAAAAGGUAAAACUGAAGGGUUUGCUGGGAAAUAUAAAGAAAGACAUUGAGGAGUUGGAAGACAAAGGCAAGAUGUCAGUGAUGGGCAAACAUGUGACUACUGUGGGCAAUGCCAGUGCCACCAGAGCUGAUAAAAGUGCAGUUGCUUUGGCCCAAAGAUUGGCAACUGAUCUGGAGAGUACAGAGAUGAAAAAAGCUGAAACUUCGUCUUCAACUUCAAUUGCGUGUACCAGUCAAGCAACAAGUGCUGUUGGUUUGGGGGAUGCUGUUAAAGCUACAGCUUUACUAUCGGAUAAUACUCCAAGGACUAGUGAUAAUCCAGAAAUAGGCAGAACAGGUUCUUAUGCUAGUCAUGCUACCAGUGCUGUUCGAUCAACCAGUACAGUACCUUAUGGUAAUAUUCCUCGGACGAGUGAGGAUCCACAGACUAAAAGAUCUUCCUCUUCAAGUAUCAAGUCAGUUAAAGCAAUCCUGUUAGACAGUUCUCCAGAGACUAUCAACAGUUUGAAUAUUGGUGCUACUUCUUACCCUAGACCUGGAACUUCGACAAAACCAGAACUCAGCAGAUUAAGCUCCCAGUCUAGCCUUUCAGUAACUUCCAAUAAAAACACUGCUUUUCGCCCAGACAAGCCAGAAGCUAAAAAACCUGCCAAUGGUGCCAAUUCUGCUCUGAAGCCAGGGACAUAUCAAAAACCAGAUACAUCUUGGAGUGAGACGAAACCUAUGAUAACAAAAUCAUUCUUCUCAGGACUUGACCAGCUGUGAUUAGAAAUAUCAAAUUCUACGUGUAUUAGAAUGAGAAGGAGAGUAGCUGAAAGAGUCUGGUGAACAAAGACAGCCCGUUGUUGCCUUUUGCAGUUUAUAGGGGGAAUGAUUUUGGAUUAGGACACGGUUCGCCUACAAUUUAUAUGCUUGAAUGCAGAGAAGCCUUCGCUGAAGUUAAUUUGACAAUAGGGCAGAACUGUUGAUCUUCAUGUAUAAUAAUCGGCAGCUUAUAUUGUCUUUUGUUUGGCAUAAAUACCCUAUUUGUGUCAUGGCCAUUUGUCUUUUAUAACUACAUUAGUGUUCAGCCAGGUGGGCAGUUUUCUUGAUGAUUAUUGUGCUGAUGAGUUUUGUAACCACCUUUGUGUUGAAGAAAUCCUGGUUAACUGUGAGCCUUUCCAGGAGACCCAGUGUGGGAAUUCAAUUUGUUGACAAAAUUAUUUGAAAUACUCUCAUUGUGAACUUAUACAUGUAUGAAAUAUUUCUUACUUAACCAACCUGGCUCCUGCCUAUACAAGUCUCCCUUGGGUGAAGCCAGAUUGGCCAGAUUAGCCAGAUUGCCAGAGCCAAAUUCAAAAUGCAUGCUAUUUUUUCUCUCAACUGCCAAAUUCGCAUUUUCACUAAGAUUGUGAAAGCCUUGUACCUGUAUCUGAUCUCAUAUUCCGUGCAGUUCUUAAUUUUGAAUUCUUGAUACCAUGUGAUAGCCUGUGGUGGUGUGCUCAAGGAUGAGCAUGUUUCAUAUUCAUUUCUUGUGUCAAUACUCAGAAAGACUUUCUCAUGACAAAAAUGACUUGGCACCAUUCAGCCUUGUUUGUGGUAUUCCUGCUGUCGAAUUUCAAAGCUUAAGAUUUUGUCCGGUCGGUUUGUAAAUUUGUAUUUUCUUUUAAAUUUGUGGAUAUUUUAGAUAUUUAUUGUAAGUCUGCAGAAAUGGUGCACUUGUGCGUGUGUGGGGAUGAGUCUCCAGGAAGCGUGCACUAUAGUCUGUAUGUACCAAGGUACAAUUUUUUAUGACUUUUUGCUCGACCAUGUUUGGAGAAGCAUUGAUUCACCAGUAGAAAUGUUUUUGUUUGACAGCAUGUAAUAUAACUGCCAUGACAAGAGAUAAUUUUGGAAAUAAACCUCGCUGAACAAA